CAAUUUUUCAUUCACUUCAUAGCAGGAAAAAGAAGAGAAGAGACACUCGGAGACACCAACGACGGUCCUCCCCUUUCCUCUUCUUUAGAGACAUGGUCGUCGACACGGCACUGUACGAUGUCCUGGGCGUCGCUCCAGAUGCCUCGCAGCAGGACAUCAAGCGUGCCUACCAUAAGGCUUCGCUGGCGUCACAUCCAGACAAGAACCCCGACCGGCAGGAGGAGGCGUCGCGCGAGUUUCAGAGAAUAGGCCAGGCAUGGGAGACGUUGGGCGACGAGGGGAGCCGGAAGAGAUAUGAUGAAUACGGCGAGGACGGCCCGUCUGGGAGAGCUGGGCCAACGGGGUACGGGAUGGACGAGGCUGAUCUCGAUGACGUGUUUGCUCAAAUGUUCGGAGGUGGGAUGGGUGGAAUGGGCGGCAUGGGCGGCAUGGGAGGUCCGCCUCCUCGACGGACAAAGAAACGACGGCGGGCACCCCCCACUGUCAUUCCCUAUUCGGUCACGUUGGCGGAUCUGUAUCUGGGCAAGCGUGCGCGCUUUACGCUCUCGCGCUUCGUCUUCUGCUCUUCGUGCCACGGAAGCGGCGCCAAGGCUGGCGCGCCUCAGCAGGGGACCGAGUGCUACGAGUGCAAGGGGCAGGGCAGCGUCGCCAAGCUCAGCAGUGCCGGUGGGGGUUAUAUCCAGCGGCACUACAUCGACUGCCCCUCGUGCAAGGGUGAGGGCGUCAAGGUGCGGGAGAAGGAUCGGUGCCGAAAGUGCAAGGGCGAAAAAGUCGUCAAGACAAAGGCCAAGCUCGCCGUGCGGAUCGAGCCCGGCAUGCGCGACGGUCAGCGCAUCGUCUUUCGCGAGCAGAGCGACGCGUCGCCGCUGGCCGAGAAGCCCGGCCACCUUAUCAUCGAGCUCAAGCUGGAGCCACACGCUGCGCUGACGGUCAAGCAGGCCGACCUGCUCGCUGAAGCCCACAUCACCCUCUCGGAGGCUCUCCUGGGCCUGGACCGCGCCGUCUUUACCCACCUCGACGGCCGCGCCAUCCGCUUCCGUUCUCGGCCCGGCGCCGUCGUUCGCCCCGGUGACGUGGCCGUGCUGCGUGGCCAGGGGCUUCCCGGCUGGCACGGAGCAAGCGACGGAGACCUCUACAUCAAGUGGGAGAUUGACUUUCCGCCGGACGGCUGGCUGCCACAGAUCGAGGCCCUCAAGAUGGCACCGCUCCUGCCGCCCAAGCGCGCAGACCCGUCCAAGGGCUACGACGAAGUCGCUGGACGCGUCGAGGAUGGCACACGCCACCCCAAGCACGACAACACCGAUGGUGAUGAUGAUGGCGAUGAUGACGACGACGACCAAGAGCAGCAGCAGCAGCAGCAUACCGCAGGACUCGGUCGCGUGCAGGUCGUCGAGCUGCAAAUGGCGCGGCUGGACGAGUUUGGCUCCCAUGCCCUGCCCCCCUUACCGGCCGAAGACGAAGACUCCGAGGACGAGGAGGGAGGCUCGUCAUGCGUGGUUUGUUAGACACUCGAUGUAUACAUUUCUGUAUUGGCAAAAUCCACCUAUCUUAUCACAAG